ACAGAACGACGUCGAUUUGGUGUAAACAAAUGAGCUAUGUCUAAACCUCGGCUAUAAAAAGUAAAAACAAAGGGGAAGGGUUUUUGCUGUUAUUUCAAUAUCAACAUCUGUAGAGGCUAGAGAGAGUGUUCUGAACUAGGGAAUUAGGGUUUCUCUCUCUCUCAAAUGGAGGUAAUUACAGAGCAAGUUAACAACUUGAACAUCACUGACUCAUCUGCAGCAAACAAGAAGAACCGAAUCCAAGUCUCUAAUACCAAGAAACCUCUCUUCUUUUAUGUUAAUCUCGCUAAGAGGUACAUGCAGCAGCAUUCUGAGGUGGAACUCUCUGCUCUUGGAAUGGCUAUUGCCACAGUUGUUACAAUUGCUGAGAUCUUGAAGAAUAAUGGACUGGCUGUUGAGAAGAAGAUCAUGACUUCUACUGUUGACAUGAGGGAGGAAACUGGAGGACGACCUGUCCAAAAAGCUAAGAUUGAAAUACUGUUGGGGAAAUCAGAGAAGUUUGAUGAGUUGAUGGCUGCUGCUGCAGAGGAGGCCCUGGAAAAUGAGGAGCAGAGCUGAGCUUUUUAGAUUUUACCUGGAAUGUAACUUGUUCUCAAGUUCGUUAAUUAUGGAUUUCUGUAACGGUUUUUCCUAGAUGAACUUUUAUCAAGUGAAGUUUUACUAGUAGUAACAUAAUUCUUGUAGGAAUUUUUGUAAAAUUCAAUGCCCUCGGUUGCUUAAUUCAAAUGUGUUCUGAAGUUUAUGUAA